AUGAAGAAAGUUACAAUUUUUUUGGUGUUAAUUGUCAACAUAAUAUCAUGCGAACUUAUUCAAAAUAAUGAAAAUGAAUCGAAUCCAGAUUCGUACAGUAAUCCGGGAAUUCUGUAUGAAGAGACACACAAUAAUUGCUUGAGUGACGAACAAGUUUCAGAUAAAAAUCCUUCUAAGAUACCAUCGCUUAUGGAUAAUCCUAUUGGAUUCUUAGAGCCUAGAGAAAUUGAUCUGGCUGAUCGUUGUUUUCCCAAACCAAUAUGUGAUCCCCUUGCUGUGUACAGAACCAUAAAUGGAAGUUGUAAUAAUUUAAUAUUCCCAAUUUGGGGUCGAUCUAAUUCAGCAAACAUACGAAUUAUUGAAGCAGACUAUUCGGAUGGUAAGAGCCAAGAAAGAAGAGCAUUAUCGGGGAAUAAAUUGCCAAACCCUAGGAAAAUACGAACAACUUUGUUAACAGACGUGAAUAGACCCACACUUAAGUAUAAUUUAUUGUUCAUGCAAUUUGGCCAAUUGGUUGCACACGAUACUGAAUUAAUAUUUUCUAAGACUGUUGGUAGUGAUGGAAAUCCAAUAGUAUGUUGCAACUCGGAUGAUUCUACACCAGAAAUUCUACCUCCUGAUUGCCUUCAGAUUACAAUCCCGAAAGAUGAGCCUGGUUAUUCAAAAAACCGAUGUUUAUCAUCUCAGCGAGCCACUGAUACAGCAGAUCUAGGUUGCCAUAUAAAACCAGUCAGACAACAAAUUGGAGUUACCAGUUUUAUUGAUGCUUCAUUAUUAUAUGGUUCAGAUGACAUCACCGCACGUUCUUUACGAACAUUCUCUCAUGGAAAACUCAGGAGACAAAUAGGACCUAAAGGAAAAUCAUAUUUACCUAAUGUUAAACAAGCAACAAAAGAAUGCACCGUGAAUAAUGAUGCGACUGUGUGCUACGCUGCAGGUGAUGUAAGAGUAAACCAACAUCCUAAUAUAGCAGUUGCCACGAUAUCAUUAUUGAGAGCUCAUAACCUACUGUGCGAUGAUUUUAGAAAAAUAAAUCCCGAAUGGGACGACGAACGAUUAUACCAAGAAGCCAGGAGAUUACUCAUCGCAAUGUAUCAGCACGUGGUAUACUAUGAAUUUGUUCCGGGACUUGUAGGAAAAGAUUAUGCCAAAGCAAACAAAUUACAACCAUUAGAAAAAGGUUAUAAUAUGGAUUACGAUAAAUUUUUAAAUCCAACUACGAUGAGUUCUUUUACCGGUGCUGCAUACAGAUCACUUCAUAGCGAAAUACAAGGAUAUAUGGAUUUGGUCAAUGAAUCCAGACAAGUUAAGUCGAAAAUUCGCCUGAGUGACUUUUUUCAAAGAACUGACAUAGUGCAGAGAGGAGACAAUUUUGAUAGUCUUACUAGAGGUUUGCUUACUCAAAUUUCACAGGAACAAGAUCAAUAUUACACAUCUGAAGUUAGCGAAUAUCUAUUCAGAAUUCCGAAUAAAACAGUAGGCUCCGACUUGCCCAGCUUUGACAUCGCACGUGGGAGAGAUUUUGGACUUCCAUCGUAUAAUAAGUUUAGAAAAUUGUGUGGGUUGAGCGAAGCCAAAACUUUUGAAGAUUUUACUGAUCAAAUAUCAAAAAAAAAUGUCGAUACCUUAGCUAGUUUAUACGAGGAUCCAAACGAUGUUGACUUUUACGUAGGUGGUAUAUUGGAAAAACUGAAACCAGGAUCUUCGUUGGGGCACACGUUUCAGUGUAUUUCUGGAGAAAUGUUUUUCAGAUGGAAGUUUGGAGAUCGAUUUUUUUACGAGUUUGGAAACCAAACGGGAUCUUUUCGACCGGAUCAACUUUCUGAAAUACGAAAAUCGACAUUAUCACUCUUAGUGUGUAUGACAUCAGACAUUCAAUCUAUACAACGCAAUGCGUUUGAUGUAAUCAGUAAACAUAAUCCAUUGGUACCUUGCAGUUCCCUACCAAGACUCAAUUUGGAUUAUUGGAAAGAAUGA